GAUGCUGAUGGCUGUACACUACUGCAUUUAGCAGUGGGGCUAGAAGAUACUCCUAGUAAUGAGGCUGUUGUUGCCCUUUUGUUGCAACAUGGGGCAAAUCCAAAUAUCAGGUCCAUUGAUGGUCUUACCCCUGUACACAUCAGUGUUUUAUGGGGGAAUGUUUUAUCUUUGAAAUUGUUAUUAUCAUUUGGAGGAAAUCCAUGGCUGAAAGACAGUGGUGAGAAAGAUGCAUUUCAGAUGGCUUUAGAAACACAAGAAUCAAAGUGUAUUCAAGUCUUAGAAGAGUUUGUAAGAAGUCAUAACUUCAGCACUAGAAUCUCUCUGGGAUCAGAUGUGUCACAAAGAUCAUCCUUUUGUAGCUCAACAGGCAUUCAGUUGCAUGAAGCUGGAGAUGCAUGUGCCUCAUUUGCUGUUUUCUCCUCUUCAGUGUUGUCUUCUGAAUAUCUUACCUGCUCUCCACCUCAAGAAAAAAAACACAGUAUGUGGAAUGAGAAUGCAAAUGAAAAUAUAUGCAAAAAACUAAAAGAUUUGUUCCUAACUGAAAGUUCUAAUGUUAGUUGUACAAGAAAAGAAAACUGUCUUCUUGCUGUUGAACAACCUAAGCAAAGUAGUUUCUUUCCUUGUAUUUUUGACCUUGGUGGUGGUGGAGACACAAUAGAAACUAAAAGAUUAAAUUGUGAAAUAAAAGAGGAUAUUAUGAUCUCAGCUAAUGAUAUAAAACUAUUAGGAACUCAGCAAGAUAGAAAUUCAUCUUCUUAUAAUGCAAGUAUCUCUUCUUUUAGCUCCCAGAGCACAUCAAGUCCAGUGAGGAUAUUAUCUCUGUCACCACAGGUCCAUGAUAUUGGAUUUUGUAGUCCAGGGUCUCCUACAGGCAAUCGUUUAGAUGGUAUACAUUAUCUUAGUCCUCGUGAAAAUGCAGCUGUAGUGUUACGAAACAACUCCAGGCUAUCAGCUUCCCUUGGGAAACCAUCUUGUCAUUGGAAUUCUGGUAGUUCUGGUGAUGAAGGAGUUCAAGAAUAUUUGUAUACAGAUGAAGAGGAAGGAAUUGCUCUGAUUGAACGACAUUAUCCAUGUAGCAACCCUAGUAGUUUCACAAAUUCUUCAUCAUCAAGUGACACUGUAAUUGUUCCACUAGACCUUCAAAAACUUAAUAACAGUGAAAUAAGAAAGCAACUUCUUGAUCUUGGAGACAAUCCUGGUCCAGUUCAGGACAGUACUAGACAAGUCUACCUACACAGGUUGACAAGACUCAAGUCAGGUGUUGUCCAAGUCAGCAGUCCCCUCUUACCAAAUUACCCCCCAGAAAUUUCACAUGUUUUGGAAAGUAGAUUGGACUUUGUUCAAGCUGCAGUUUUGGAGAAAGACAUGUGCAAUGAUUUUGAUAAUCCUGGUCCUAAAACAAAAUGGAGAGAAGGCACACAGAAAACUUCAUUCAAUUAUCUUCUACUUGAUCCCCGAGUAACCAGAAACCUCCCUGGACGAGCUUUACUGUUGAGUUUUAGUGAACAGUUUCAAGCGUUCAUUAAUGCAAUCUUUUAUGUUGGAAAAGGAACAAGAGCCAGACCUUACAGUCACUUAUAUGAAGCCAUCAAGAUACUAAAUGAUCCUGUAAAUAAGCCUAGUACCAAAGUUCAACAUAUAUUAGACAUAUGGGCUAGUGGUGAGGGAGUUAUCUCCCUUCACUGCUUUCAGAAUGUAAUCCCAGUAGAGGCCUAUACAAGGGAAGCUUGUAUGGUUGAAGCACUUGGACUCUCAAAUCUUACGAACAUUAAACGAGGUGACUUUUAUGGAGUAGCAGCAACUUUUAAUGACAAGAAGAAGCGUCAGCUUGGAGCUUUCUUUCUCUUUCGAUCUUUGCACAUAUUUCUAAAUGAAGGAGAACGUCAGUUAAAGCCUUUUGAUAUCAGAUAA